AUGGCGUCUCCCUCAGCCACACUCGUUCACACCCUUGGUCAUAAUGCCUUGGGAAAGACAGAUAUUGCUGUUCAGUCGGUUCUUUUGGCUAUUGUCUUUCUUUCCGUCGGCCUGCGGUUAUGGGCGCGACGAUUGCGGUGGAUUUCGCUGGAAUUGAAUGAUUUGUUGAUUAUAGUUGCGACGUUCUUUAUGGUCGGUCGCUACGUGGUGGAAAUCCUCAUGGUUGUGCUCUGUGGAAUGGGGCUGCAUUCCACGGAAGUAGUCCAGGUCGGAGGGUCCGAAGUUCUUGUCCAAUUCAAUGAGCUUACAUAUGCGGGUGAUCUUCUCUGGGUCACGGUGGUCGCCUUGGUCCAGUUGUCAAUUCUCAACUAUUAUGUGCACAGCUUUGGCCAGAGCACUAUGACCUUGCUAUCAUAUGUAAUGAUGGGUCUAUGCUCGUCUCUCUGGAUUGCGGGCUUAUUUUCAACUGCGUUUUUCUGUACCCCACCGAAGAGAAUAUGGCUUGCCGACACCCCGGGUCAUUGUGGUGAUCGCAAAAUGCUGCAUACCGGUGUCAAUGCGAGUGAAACAAUCCUCAGCUUCUUCGUUGUCAUUCUCCCUAUUCCCUUGAUAUGGGGCAUGCCCUUAUCGAAGACUAGGAAGAUUUCACUGAUGUGUAUCCAAGUGCUAGGGCUGGCUAUCGUUGCCAUCAUUGCUAUCCGCAUGAAAAUCGAGUUCGACCUCGACCCAGAAGAUCCAACCCACAGCUCUGCCAGGAAGUCGAUACUUUCAUGCAUCGUGCCUCUUCUGGGGAUAAUUGUUGCCUGCCUCCCAAUCUUAGAGCCAGCCAUUCAAAGGAUCUUUGGUAUGUCGGUGUCUCCAUCUCCAGCCCACACGUCUAUAUAUGAUCCAACCUUUGCGAGGUAUUGGAAGACGACGGUUCUUUCGGGCAGGGGUUUGGAGGAACCAGAAAUGCCUCUGGUCACUCUUACGCAGCCUUUUAUGACGAAGAUGGGUUAUCUUGCUCCUGGAAAUAUUCAGGUCACUUCUCAUUGGGAGAUUCAUUCGUCGCGGGGUUCGGCAAGACUUGAUAGAUCACCCGUGCGGCAGGCCUGA